GUGGCGGCGGGCGGCCCGAGCGUCGGGACCGGAACAAAACUGUUCCACGGAACGCAGGGUGCGUGCUCAGAGUUUCCGGGGAGGAGGGCAGGAGAGGACCUGCGCGAGGCGGUUCCUACGGCGGCGAAGGAGGCAAUGGCCCUGGGGAUGAGGGGGCUGCGCCUCUGGCAGGCCGCCCCAGGUGGCCCGGCUGGCUGGAGAUUGAUAGCAACAUCGCCAGCUUCUCGGCUGUCACAGACAGAACUGAUAGUGAUGCAGAAUGAUCUCUUUAAUAAAGAAAAGAACAGGCAGUUAUCAUUAACUCCUCGCACUGAGAAGAUCGAAGUUAAACACGUUGGGAAAACCGACCCUGGCACGGUCUUUGUGAUGAAUAAAAACAUUUCAACUCCCUAUAAUUGUGCUCUGCAUUUAAGUGAGUGGUACUGCAGGAAGUCCAUUCUGGCUCUUGUGGACGGACAGCCUUGGGACAUGUAUAAACCUUUGACCAAAUCCUGUGAAAUUGAAUUUCUUACUUUCAAAGAUCGUGAUCCAGGAGAAGUGAAUAAGGCUUACUGGCGUUCUUGUGCCAUGAUGAUGGGCUGUGUGAUAGAGAGGGCAUUCAAAGAUGAAUAUGUGGUCAGUUUGGUCAGAGCUCCCGAAGUUCCUGUAAUCUGUGGAGCCUUCUGCUAUGAUGUAGUUCUGGAUAAGCGACUUGAUGAGUGGAUGCCAACAAAAGAGAACCUCCGUUCCCUCACGAAAGAUGCUCACACUUUAAUUUAUAAAGAUCUUCCAUUUGAAACUCUGGAAGUGGAAGCAAAAGUGGCAUUAGAAAUAUUUCAGCACAACAAGUACAAAACAGAUUUCAUAGAAGAGAAGGCAUCUCAGAACCCUGAGAGAAUAGUUAAGCUACACAGGUUUGGUGACUUCAUUGAUGUGAGUGAGGGUCCUCUUAUUCCAAGAACAAGUAUUUGUUUCCAGUAUGAAGUGUCAGCGGUUCACAAUCUUCAAGCCACCCCGUUGAGUCUUGUACGAAGAUUCCAGGGUCUGUCUUUACCUGUACACUUAAGAGUAAGUAAAGCUGGCAUUACUAUCUUCUAUAAUAAAAUUUUGCUUGAAUUUUCUGAGUGUUAA